AUGGUCAGUCGUGUAAGAUCGUUGGCAACUCGGGUCACUGCAAAUAUGACAAGUCCGCCACUUUCGUCUUCUGCUACUGCAACUAGCAACGAUGAGAUGAUUAUCGAGAAGCCUUCCUUGAAACGAAUUGAAUCGUUCACUUCACAUAUAAAACGCUUUGCGGCUACAUCUUCCGUAAAACAUUAUUCUCUGGACGAAAAUGUUUCAAGCCGGGAAAGUUCAGAAUCGAAUAGUACUGUGAUCGCUACCCAGAAGGUAGAGGAGAACAUAGCGCUUGCAAAUGAAGCUGCGGAAAAUCAGUAUUUUACAUAUGACGUCAAGCGUACGCAACUCAGAAUGACAGUAAUUGGUCCGGGUGGAGUUACUAUUCCGGAAGUGGACCGGUUAAGGCAUUUGAUACCUGAUGGUACAAUUACUGUGAUGUGUCUAACUUGGAAUGUUGCCACCAGGUCACAAAAUCAUUUGUCGAGAAUCGAGAAAUUGAUUUCAAAUGAACAACGGCCCACGGCUAGAGCCGAUGUAAUUUGUUUGUGUUUUCAAGAGCUUCCAUCAACAAAUGCAUAUUAUCAUCAGGAAACGGUGAAGUCGCUGGCCAAAGCUGUUGCAGACACACAUCUAAUGUUUUGUUGGGUACGAAAAUGGUCACAAAUGGUGGUCAUUUUUAUUCGGGAACCUCUGGUUGCAUACAUCUCAGCUCCGGAAUGGCAGUUUAUUUCUUUCAGUCCAUUUGUCAAACCGGUCAAAACGAAAGGAGCGAUUGCCGUUUUCUUUCGAGUUUUCCAGAUAUCAGUCAUUUUUGUAACUUGUCACAUGACUCAUGGGCCAGUAUUGAAUCGUAUAUGUGACUAUUCGAAAAUCUGUGAUUCACUACGAUUUUCAACAUUGAAAAAGAGCGGUGCACUGUCUUGUUCAGGAGUGAAACAAGCUGAUUGUGUUUUCUGGUUGGGUGAUUUGAAUUUUCGACUUCUAAGUAGGGAACGAAUUGAUGCAUUGGAUUCACGGAGCAAAAACCAGGAAAAUAUGGCAGAUUCCUUUUUCGAUCAAUUACUCACUGACGAUGAGUUGACAUUGGAAAGGUGCAAAGGUAAUGUUUUUGAAGGUUUCAAUGAGGCUCAUAUUAAUUUUCCACCUACGCAUAAGUUUAUUCUUGGCACCAACGAUUAUGUAAAAAAUCGGAUUCCAUCAUAUACGGAUCGAAUUUUGUAUUAUGCGAAAGAAUCGAGCCGGAUAAAACCCGGGAAAUAUGAUUGCUUAUGGGAAGAGAAUGCUUCUGAUCACAAGCCCGUUUAUGGCUUUUUCACUAUGCGUGUUUUGGAACAGCGGUAUUAA